UUGCGCGGGACUCCGAGCGCGGCCUCCCGCCGAGCCAGGUGGAGUGUCUGUCACCUUCCAUCCUUUGGAGGGUCACCUGAGAGCCUGGCUAGCAUGGUGCCCUCUGGCCAGGCAGUGGAGAAGCAGGUAUCUGAGGAUCCUGGACCUGGUCGUGAGCUCCAGUCAUGGCGGUGCCUGGUGUUCUUCCUAUGCUUCUAUGGCUUCAUGGCGCAGAUGCGGCCCGGGGAGAGCUUCAUCACGCCCUAUCUCCUGGGGUACAGUAAGAACUUCACGCAGGAGCAGGUGACCAACGAGAUCACGCCAGUGCUGUCCUACUCGUACUUGGUGGUGCUGGUGCCGAUGUUCCUGCUGACUGACUACCUGCGCUACAAGCCUGUGCUGGUGCUGCAGGGCCUAAGCUUUGUGUGUGUGUGGCUGCUGCUGCUGCUGGGCACCUCGGUGGUGCACAUGCAGCUCAUGGAGGUCUUCUACAGCAUCACCAUGGCCGCCCGCAUUGCCUACUCCUCCUACAUCUUCUCCCUGGUGCACCCCUCCCGCUAUCAGCGCAUGGCCAGCUACUCACGAGCUGCCGUGCUGCUGGGGGUCUUCACCAGCUCCGUGCUGGGCCAGCUGCUGGUCACUGUGGGCCGGGUGUCCUUCACCACUCUCAACUACAUCUCCCUGGCCUUCCUCAUCUUCAGCCUGGGCCUCGCUCUCUUCCUGAAGCGCCCCAAGCGCAGCCUCUUCUUCAACCGCAGCGACGCGACGGUGCGUGAGGCCUCGCCCAGCGAGCUGGACCAGAUGCACCCGGAUCCCGACCAUCCGGAGCCUGGGAAGCUGGGACGCAUGCUGGGCACCUGCAGGGACUCCUUCUUGGUGCGCAUGCUGCGUGAGCUGAGGGAUAGUGCGCGGCGGCCGCAGCUACGCCUCUGGUCCCUCUGGUGGGUUUUCAACUCGGCCGGCUACUACCUGAUUGUGUACUACGUGCAUAUUUUGUGGAACGUGGUGCGUCACACCUCCGACAGCUCACGGGUCUACAACGGAGCAGCCGACGCCGCCUCCACACUGCUGAGCGCCAUCACAUCCUUCUCUGCAGGCUUUAUGAAGAUCCGCUGGGCCCUGUGGUCGAAGCUGGUCAUUGCAGGAGUCACGGCAGUGCAGGCCGGGCUGGUCUACCUCCUGUACAGCACUGAUGAAAUCUGGCUCUGCUACAUGGCCUUUGUGCUCUUCCGGGGUGCCUACCAGUUCCUCGUGCCCAUCGCCACUUUUCAGAUCGCGUCGUCCCUGUCCAAAGAGCUGUGCGCCCUGGUCUUCGGGGUCAACACAUUCUUCGCCACCAUUCUCAAGACCUCCAUCACACUCGUGGUCUCUGACAAGCGGGGCCUGGGCCUCCCAGUCCGCUUGCAGUUCCUCAUCUACUUUGUGUACUUCGUGGUGCUGUCUGUGAUCUACUUUGCGGGGGCCAUGCUGGAUGGCCUGCAGCACUGCCGGCGGGGCCGUCACCAGCCAUUGCCCCUGGUGCAGGAACUGAAGAGCCCCUUAGAGGAGAAGACUGUGCAGGUGCUGAGUGGGCAGGACGGGGGCCUGGGUGACCUGCAGCUCUCAGCCCCACCACUGUCCCCAAGUGACAGCGCGGAGGACAGCAUGGGGGCCUCCAAAUCCGAGGCCAAGGCCUGACCAUCCUGGCCUAGCCAAGUGGACAGAUUCCUGACUUGGAAGCAGCCCCUCCUGUCGGCACUCCAUCCUCACCCCCCUGAGCCCAAUAUCACAGGUGUGACAUGUCCCAACCAGCACCAUGUGAAUCCCAGAGCUUGGACUGUGAACAGUAACCUGCGGGACCUUUCUGGUGCUUUGCAAGGACCCUCAGUGUGUCGCCAGGACCCAUAUACCUCAGGGACCACCUGCCUUAGUUUGUCCUGCUGGUAGCCUUUGAACACCUGUUUCUCAGCCUGCUUCACAAUCCAGCAGUGACUGGAGCCUGCUGGUGACACUCAGGGCAGCUGCCUGGCUGAGGCCUGGACACCAGGCCACUGUGUGCCUGGGUUGCCUUUUGCUUGCCAAGAGCCCAGUGGUGGGGUCUCCUGUGUCCACCAAGCCUCUCUGUCCUCAGCCCCUUGGGAGGCUGGAGGCAAAUCCUGUCUGAACCUGGGGACUGGUGGAGUAGCCCAGACACAAGCCAGGGCCCGCUGCUCUGGGCCCUCCAGGGCAGUGAGAAUCCACCCCGGGCCCCUGGCUAAACUGUGACACUAAGCCGUCCUGGGUGGUUGCAUGUUUGGGCGAUGAUUUUUUUUAACUGACAUAAAAU